AUUUAUCUUAAGAAUUGGAAUCUAAGUUGUACUUGUAGUGAAUCUUGUUAUCAUCGUCCCGCCGGUGGUCGUGUAUCGUCCUGCCGGUGGUCGAGGAGUACCACUCAGGAUGACAAUCAAUCAAUGAGUCUUGUUAUCAAAUAUAGGGAUGUCACCAACUAU